AUGUCCAUCCAGACCCCCCUGACCCAACUGCUGGGCAUCCAGCACCCCGUCCUGCUGGCAGGAAUGGCAAAGGCCUCGAGCGCCCCGCUGGCCGCCGCCGUCUCCAAUGCCGGUGGUCUGGGUACCGUCGGCGGGCUGGGCUACUCGCCCGAACAGCUGUCCGAGAUGCUGACCGAGCUGAAAGCGGGCCUGCGCGAUCCCUCGCUCCCCUUCGGCGUCGACCUGGCUCUCCCGCAGGUCGGCGGAAACGCCCGCAAAACCAACCACGACUACACCAACGGCAAGCUGGACCAGCUCAUCGACGUGGUCAUCUCGCACGGCGCCAAGCUGUUCGUCUCCGCCGUCGGCGUGCCCCCCGAGCACGUCAUCAAGCGUCUCCACGACGCCGGCAUCCUCAUCAUGAACAUGGUCGGCGCCCCCAAGCACGCCGAGAAGGCGCUGAAGCUGGGCGUCGACAUCGUCUGCGCCCAGGGUGGGGAGGGCGGCGGCCACACCGGCGAUAUCCCCUUCUCUGUGCUGGUGCCGGCCGUCGUCGACGUCGCGAAGAAGUACACCAGCCCCCUCACGGGGAAGCCCGCCAUGGUCGUCGCCGCUGGCGGUGUGAACGACGGCCGCAGCUUGGCCGCGUCGCUGGCGCUGGGCGCCGUCGGCGUCUGGGUGGGCACCCGCUUUGUGGCCUCCGUGGAGAGCGGCGCCAGCCGGCUGCACAAGGAGGCGGUUGUCGGUGCGCAGGCAUUGUACCAAUCGAGCAUGAUUUCCACAACGAGAAGGAUGUCGACAUUCCUUUCCUCAUGGGUGAUGUGUCUGCGAUCAUCAAGGAGAUCAAGCCGGCUGGAGACAUCGUGCGGGAAAUGGUCCAGCAGGCCGUGGAGGUGA